AUGGCAAAACAAGGCAACUCAGAAGAAUGGAAGAAAUUAGCAAAAUUCCAAGAAGAGCUUGCCAAACAAGAAGAGAAUGUAGAGAGUAAAAUAGAAAGAUUGUGCAUGCUGGAGGAGGAAAAAGAACAAUUUGAAGAGGAGAAGGGCAUCUUCUACAGAGAAAAAGAGUGCUUGAGGGAAGCUGAGAGGGAUUUGAAGAGAGCAAAAGAAACUUUCAGACAAGAAAAAUUUAAAGCAUGUCAGGAACUAGAACAAGAUGGAGAAAGUGACAUAAUUAAAAGAAAACAAAUGUUGAAAGAGGAAGAGGAAAGGCUACACGAGCAACGGGAGCACCUCAGAAAACUCCAGGAGAAGUUUCAUCAAGAAAAAGAAGCUUUCAGUCAAAGAAAAUCAGAAGAUCAGGCAAGAGAAAUACUGAUAGUAGAUCAAGAAGCACUGACCAGGGAAAUGAUAAAUGAAAAAACAGCAUUUCUUCAGCAAGAACAUGCACGACUUCUGAGAGAACAGGAAAUUCUUGAAAGAAAGAACAUAGAUCUUCACGAAGAACAUGAGCAACUAAACAAAGAUCUUGAUGAGAGAGAAGCAAUGCAUCAGAAAGAAAAAGAAGUAUUCCAGCAUGAAAAGGAGACACUUGAAGAACAGAUAGCAGUUUUUCAAGAAGAGCAAACAGUUUUCCAGAAAGAACAAAAAUCAUUUAAAGAGAGGAGUGUAGCUUUUGAACAGAAGCAAGAAAGACUUGAAAAGGAGGAAGAAAUUAUUGCGCAGAAUAUUAUAUUAGUUCAAACACAAGAAGAAAGACUUCAGACAGAAAAAGAAAUGCUAGAAAAGACAAUUGCUGCUUUUCAGAAAGAGCAAGAGGACUUUCAGACAAAGGUUCACAUUUUUGAAAAAAAUAAUGGAGCUUUUCAAGAAAUGCAAGGCAGAUUGCACAAAGAGUUAGAAAUAUUUGAAAAGGAAAGAAUGACUCUUCAAAGCGAAAAAGAGAAAUUCCAGAAAGAAAAGGAACUUGAGAAAAAGUGCAUUCUGUUUCAGGAGGAUCAAAGAAGAUUGCAGAUCGAGAAGUCAGCACUCGAGGAUGCAGUUAGUGGUUUACAAGAACAACACUCAAGAUGCCAGGAAGACAUGAAUAUAUUUCAGGAUGACAAACUUCGGCAGGAAAAACACGAAAGACAUUCACACGACAAAGAAUCACAGGGUACAGAACAGACUGCAACAGAUCCUCAGACGAGUGCUGCAACAGAUCCUGAUUUGAGUGCAGCAACAGAUCCUGAUUUGAGUGCAGCAACUGAUCCUCAGAUGAGUGCGGUAACUGAUCCUCAGAUGAGUGCUGAAGAGCUUAUGUUGGUGCUGGAGAGAGUGGAAGAUGAUCUAGAUGAUGCAUACGAAAAGAUCGACCGCCUGGAGAACCUGAUCACCAGAGGCAAGGCAGUCCUUGCAGAGAAAACGGAAGCAGCCAAAGAGGCUAAUGACAAGGUCAAGGAUCUGGAGGAGGCUGUUGAUGCUUUGAAAUCCAAUGUAGAAACCUUAAAUGCUCAUUUAGAAGCAAAAUCUGACGAAUGUGAGAAGCUGAAAAAGAUGCAAGACAGUUAUAGAACUACGCUUCGUGAGCUAGAAGGGCUCAAGAAAGAAUUGGAAGCCACGCGAAUUGGACGUAAAAAAGACAGAGAAUGCUAUCAAGAAACCAUCAGGGAUUUCAAACUAAAGCUCCGAGACAAGCAGAAUGCAGACACAUCGUUUGUGGAUCAGAGGAUCCCACAGAGGGAAUAUGCACCAAGUGUGGACCAGUUGCGAACAAUUAUCAUGUUUGAGAACGCAUCCAAGUUUCUGGAGCUGAAGAAUUUGAGACAAGAAGUUCAAGAGCAAAAGGGAAAAAUUAGUGAUCUCGAAAAGGAUGCCUCCCAGCUUCAGGCAGAAAUAAAAAAGGUGCAGCUUCUGCUUGAAAAUGAAAGUAUCAAGUCAGAAGUUAUGAAAUCAACAGCCAAUCAGGCAAUCCUGGCCAGGCACAAAGUGGAAGAGGAAUUGGGACAACUGCGCAAACAACUGGGAAAGGGUUCUAAAAACUGCCUAGAGGAGACUCCUGAUGAAAUAAAAAAGCUGCCAGAAAAAGACCAGCUCAUCGACCAGCUGAGCAAGUCACUCGACCGCAGGAACAUCAGAUUGAAUGCUAUGGUCCUGAAGAUAGAGCAGUUUAUAGAAGAGAACCAUGGCCUGCAGAAGUUAGUGGCCCAACAUCAACAACAGGUGGCAGAUCUGUUGAAGGAGAAUUCAGAGCUGAAGGCAUCUGUAGAGAGACUUGAGACCCACCAGCAGACCGUGAAGCAGCAGCAGAGUCAGACCAGCAAUGUGUCAACACAGACAGAGAGCAACCACCUCACACAGCAACCUCAAGCGACGCCGGCAGUCAGUGCUCCUAACUACAUACCUGGAGGAGUUGUGGAAAGCUUCGUCAUUGCUGUCAAAGACCGCGAAAUUCUAGACUUCAAAAGAAAGCUCGAAAAGCAGACGGCAAAAAUCACAGACCUUGAGAAAGAUAAGUCACAACUCCAGACAGAACUCCAAAAACUGCAGCUUAUUUUUGACAGCAAAACAAGGAAAUCAACAGCCAGUCAGACAGUCCUGGACAAGCGCAGAGAUGACGAAGAGUUAGUGAUGCAGAACAUACAGCCCAGAAAGGAGGCCAGGCAGAGUACAGAAGUCACCCCUGUUGAAGUGACAGAUAUGCUGAGAAACCAGCAGGAAGGGAAACCCCAGUCAUUUGACCAGCUAAUGGAGUCAGUCCACGGGAGGUACCGGAAUGUGGAGAAACCAAGACGAAGCUUACAGACGAUAUCAGUUGCAGAGCCUCAGAAUGAAAGCACCAGCUUUUCAAGGUGGAAUGCCAUUCAAGAGAAUGAGAAAAAGCUGAAAGACAAGCAAGCUCAAACGGGAAACCUGUCAGAGAAUUCACAGUUGAAGAAAUCUGACGAGAACACCAACCCAACCUCUCAGAUGUGA